UUAUAUUAAGAGCAGAAGAAUGGCAGUCUUACGCGGGUGGAGAUUUGUUGGCUUUGUAUCGUGCAUAGUUGGAGCAAUUGGAAUAACUUUAUACCCGGUUAUCGUGGACCCCAUGAUAAAUACUCAAAAAUAUAAAUCGCUGCAAGAAAGAGCCAAACGCACAACAUAACUUAAUAUUGUUAAAACCGACU